GUUCAAUACCAAAUAGUCAUCAAAAAAUUGAGCCAGAGCUAAUGCACCAUAUAUUUCAAGAAAUUACAUUAGAAGAACAUGCUUAUUGUACAAAUAAUACUAAAGGUUUUGAUUUACUUCCAAAUGAAAAAACAGUUAGAAGUUUAGCAUUAAUAGAUCAAUUUGAAGCUGAAGAACUAAAUCAUUUUUUUCAAAUUUCUCAAAAUAUUGAGUCCCAUUCAGUUAGUGGUACAGAAGAUUUUCCUGGUAAUUUUAUGAACCCAACAAAGCUUCAAACACCAAUUACUAAAGAGUUAUUAAAUUGUUUGAUUGA